ACAGCAGAUGUCUUUUUAUGAACAUUUCAAUCCACUGGUGCUGGUCGGUGUUCUUUGCCCUGGGGAGUGAUAAAAACUUCGCCCUCCGCAGGAUUUCGCUUAGCACUCGAUUGUCAACAAGAUCUUCCGUAGUCAUGGAGUAUCUGAUCCUGCUGUGCUUGUGUUUUUCCGCCUCCUCGGCCAACAUCCUCAACAGGUACCUGAUGGAUAUGGCCACCCAGGGUAUGGACCCCACGACCAAGGCUAUUUUCCGUACCACGGUUGGCGCUGACAUGCUGGACAUGGACGGGGGCGGGGGCGGCAGCCGCUACGGAGGAGGCUACAACCCGAUGGGCGGAUUUGGCGAUAUGGGAGGGAUGCCACCAUCAUAUAUGUACGGCAUGUCUCCGCCUACGGGCGCCAUGGGCACUUUGCCUCUGGAGGCCAUGGGCAUGCCACCCAUGGGAGCUAUGGGCUCUCCCCCGCCCACGGGAACUGUGAGCUCUCCUCCUCUUGGAACGAUGGGAGCUCCUGUUGGUCUCUCAUUCCCUCCCAGCAACGCCGUUCCUCUUCCUCCAAGCAACGCUGUUCCUUUUCCUCCAAGCACUGCUGCUCUUCUUCCACAAGUCUCGACCAAUCAGGUUGCUCCCUCUGCAGUCAAACAAGCAAUGCCAGCUAAUCCGUACGCUAGUACGAUGGGUACUCCAGGGAAUGCUAUAGUCAACAGCCCAGCAAAUGCUAUGGCUUCGCCUGCAGCAGCAGUGGGGCCUAUUGCUAUGGCGAGGGUAAACAGGCCUAGGUCCAGUUCCAAUUUCUUUAAUGAUUACAUGACCUUCAGAAUGAUGGAAGGGAUGGAUUUAAUAUAGGUUGUUUGUUUGCUUGUUUUUUCUUCAUUAUAAAACACCCCUUCUUCCAUUAACGUUUCUCCCUUUCACAUAAUAUUCCUUAUCAAGAAGUCCCACCCCUGCACCAUAGAGAUGACAUAGUAAAACGAACCCAAGGACGAACCGAUGAAAUGUAGCCGUAACAAAAUAUACAUGGCCUUCGGAAAUGAGAUAAGUGAGUUUCAGUAUACAUCUCACUGCUGAUGCAUCUUUUCUACGUCCGCGAAAGAAUUGAAAGAUGUGUAUUUGAAUGUUACGGCCAAGUCCCAUAGGGCUGGUCCCUAGUAUCAACACGGAGAAUCAUUACUUCACUUGUUCAUUGCCAAAACUCGUUAUUAAAAAGAAUUAAAUCCAUUUUGUUUGCUGACGCAAGAAGCAACCGGUGCCUUUUGGUUAGUGUUCUUUGAAUAAAACUACUUUUGUCUUGAAAAGAGA